AUGGCGACCAACAUACCAGCAGAGGAGUGGAAGGAGUGGGGCAGGCUGGUGGACCAGCUCAACGUGCAGGCGCUGGUCGAGGAGCAGGACACGCGCGUUGUGAACGCCACAGACACCAUGAUCGACGCCCUGGGCCUGUUCGCCGCCCACGACGUGCUAUCGGCGCCCGUCUACGACGCGACGUGCAACGGGUUCGUGGGCCUGAUCGACAUGCUCGACCUGGUGGCCUUCCUGUGCCGCUUCUCGGGCUCCCUGGGCGGCACCAAGCGCCUCGAGCGCGAGCAGCUCAACCUCGACGCCCUCAAGCACCAGCUCGCCUCCCUCAACGAAGACCAGCGCGCCCAGAUACGCGCCACCCCGGUCACUGCCCUCAUCGGCCUCUCAGUGUCGGUCAAGACCCCAGGCCAGACGCUGGUGAAGCUGCUGACGGACCCCAACACCCACCGCAUUCCCAUCACCGCCGAGGAGGGCGACCAGUUCCUGGGCAUCUUGUCGCAGCUCGACCUGGCCAAGUGGUUGCAUCAGCACAGGGAGAGCGUUCCCAAGGUUCCUCAGUACUUGCUUGCUUCGAUGAAGGCUAAGUCGUUGCGUGGUCUGGUCGUGAGGGACUUUGCGUCGCCGGGAGCCAAGAAGGAGAUGGUCACGGUGCCCUCCCACGCCACCAUGAUCGAGGCCCUGCUCAAGAUCGACGAGCACAAGGUCUCGGCCCUCCCCGUCGUCGACGUGCAAGGCUAUCUGAAGGGCACCAUCAGCGCGAGCGACAUCAAGAAGCUGAAGCUGGAGCCCUCGGAUCAGCCGGAGGAGAUGCUCCAGAAGAUGUUCGUCCCGGUGUCCUACUGCCUCACCGGCUCGCCCCUCACCUGUACCAUGGACCACUCCCUCGAAGACGUACUCGGCGCCAUGACCGCCAACAAGGUGCACCGCGUGUGGACGGUGGACAGCAACAACAAGCCGGUGGGGGUGGUGAGCCUGUGCGACGUGUUGGCGCAGUUCGUGCCGCCCACGCCCGAGUCGUACCUGACCUAA